UUUCUCUGUUGUGUUUCUUGACCCAAUCUCCACCCCACCCUCAAUCUUCCCAUCCCCACCCUACCGACUGACAAAAGCCACACCAAAACCCUACAAUCCUUCACUUAUUUUAAUAACAAAAAGAUCAAGACUUUGAAAGAAAAAACAACUGGGGUUUUGUUGUGGUUGUUGCAUUUAUGAAAAAUGGGCAUUCCAAAUCCUUUUAAAGACCAUCCCCAUUCUCUUAGAAGGAAACUGUUGCCUUAUGCUCUGUAUAUUUUGCUCUUUUUAGCCAUCUUUCAUUUAUACUUCUUCCCUUCCUCUACCUCCCUUCCCUCCACCACCACCACCACCAUCACCGCCGCAGGCUCCGCCGAUCAUCUUACAAUACCUACACCUGCUUCGAAAGCUUUUGUAAAAGAAGAUGGUAGGACUAGGAGCAAUAGUUGUGACUACACCAAUGGGAAAUGGGUCCAUGACAAAAAGGGUCCAUUAUACAACUCAAGUGCAUGUGGUACAAUCAAAGAUGGUCAGAACUGUGGUAGCCAUGGCAGGCCAGAUAUGGACUAUCUCUAUUGGAGAUGGAAGCCUACCAAGUGCCAUCUCCCCAGGUUUGACCCCAAUACCUUCCUCCAAUUAACCAGAGACAAACACGUGGCAUUUGUUGGUGAUUCCAUUGCUAGGAACCAAUUAGAAUCCCUCCUAUGUUUGCUUGCUACAGUCUCUGUUCCAAAUCUUAUUUACACCAAUGGUGAAGACAACAAGUUCAGAAAAUGGCAUUUUGCUUCCCACAAUGUUAAUGUUUCGGUUUAUUGGUCACCAUUUCUUGUUAAGGGGUUUGAGAAAUCAGAAGAAACUCCUUAUAAUAGACUUUAUUUGGAUUCUGUUAAUGAUGUUUGGGCUAAAGAUUUGGGUGAGAUGGAUAUGGUUAUUUUGUCAAUUGGUCAUUGGUAUCUUCAUCCUGCUGUCUUUUACUAUGGCGAUUCGGUACUAGGUUGUCAUUAUUGUAAUGGCAAGAACUACACCGAGGUUGGUUUCUAUGAUGUUUUUGGGAUGGCAUUCAACAGUACCCUUAAGGCAUUGGUUGAUAGGCGGAUUGAUGUGAUUGUAACAACGUUUUCACCCGCCCAUUUUGAAGGCGAUUGGGAUUCAUUAGAGGCUUGUUCAAAGACAAGACCUUUUGAGGAAAAUGAGAAGAAUCUAGAAGGGAUGGACUAUGAGAUGAGAAAACAAGAGGUGGAACAGGUAAUGGCGGCCAAGGAAAGCGCCAAGAAUUCAAAGGAUUUCCGUUUAGAGGCGUUAGAUGUGUCUAAAUUAGCAUUGAUGAGACCAGAUGGACAUCCGGGGGUUUACAUGUAUCCGUAUCCUUUUGCUAAUGGGAAACGGGAGAGGGUUCCAAACGACUGCGUUCAUUGGUGCUUACCAGGGCCUAUUGAUACAUGGAAUGAGAUUAUGUUAGAUAUAAUGAAAAGAUGGAAUCUUUAGACGAACUUGGAUUAGCAUGUCCGGUUUCUUACAAUCAAUGUCGAGAAUUUUGGUAAAUCAGAUCCUUUUGGAUCAAGGAGAUCAGGAGAUAUAGUAAAGUACAGCAUUAGCAUUCUGAGUAGAACAUGAAAUGGUGCUCCUGAGAAUUUGUUUGUUAUUGAUGUACAGAUGAAAUCACUUGAUAUAUUCUAUAAUCUUAAAAGGUAAAUUCCAACACCAUUAAUGUAAUUUAAUGUAUUAUAUAUGCUCAUAUUAUAUGAAAAUAAAUGAAGAGGGGGCCUGCAUACAUUUGUUUGUCUUUAA